AUGUCCAAAUCACAAUCUCAACCUGUAACAACGAGUUAUGCCUCGCGAGUGAUCAAAAAGAUAAAAGGCAACAAUGGAAUGAUGGGAGGUAGGACUGCCUCACCACAUGUGAUGAAUACUUAUAGUAAUCCUAACAACCAAAUUGAUUUAAAAUCCUCUUCAUCCUUCAAAAAUCGAUUGCUACGAGUGGUGAAUCAUCUCCGACCUUCCUCUUAUGAAUUUUAUUAUUCGGAUCCAUCAUCACCCCAUGGUGGUGGUGGUGGUAGUGGUAGUGGUGGUGGUACUCAGUCCGAUCAUCAUCACUCCAUGUUAUUAGCAACAUUGGAUUCGAAUCUACACACCACCCAUCAUCGUCCUUCCUCGACGACAGCACAACAUGGAACAUUCGAAAUGUCAGAGGAUCAUCAAUCUUCUCUCAGUUUUCUUCACCAUCAACAACAAUCAUCUCCUCUCUUUCAUCAUUUAUUUUCUCAUGAUUCAUCGAUCAAUAACUCGACUCAUUCUUCGAGUCAACACAACACAAUGAUUCAUGGAUCAUUAAGAGAUUCUCAUGAUUCCGAUCAUAUCUUUAUACAUCCUAUUCAAUCUUUAUCAAAAUUAUUUCAAUUUAUUAGAAAUACUUAUUAUGUCUUGGAAAUGGUAGAUGAGGAUGAAGAUAUGAAAAGAUCAAUACCAAUUGAAAAUAAUUCAAAAUCUUCAAGUAAUAAUCAAUCGAAUGAAAAAGAACAUAGAUUCAAAUCAUCAUCACCUGUUGGAUUUGAAUUGGAUGAAAAUGAUCCUAUUAUGGAUUCAUCCUUUCAACUUGAAGUCAUGAAUCAUAAUAGUACAAAAGUCAUGAAUAGUACUAUCAUUGAUCAAUCAUCACACACACCAUUUUAUUCAAAUAUUGACAAGUUUCUAUUUCGAUUAUUUGUUUCGAAUGAUACCAAUGAUGCUACUACUUGUCAUCCUCAGACACCAGGUGGUAACAGUACUAUUCUUACUGCUACCCAUACUGCUCAUCCAAGUGGUAAGAGUACUGUUCCUACUACUACUGUUCCUACUACUUCAACUCUUCAUAGAAAUACCACAACAGAUCGAAAAACAUCCAUCUCAGAAAUCUCUUCUCACCAUUUGCAACAAGGUGAUGAUUCGAACAAGAAUACUUUUAUGGAUCCAUUAUCCAUAUCCACAACAUUACUUUCACAUCAUCAUCAUGGUCUUUCCAAUUCAAACUUAUCAACAACACAACAACAUUCAAUUCAUUUCAACUCUCCAACAACUUCAAAUGUCAUCAUCUUCUUCAUUGAAACUAUAUUCUCUGUGAUUAAAUCACUCUCACUCAUCACUCUUGUCACAGUGAGUUAUAUUCAUAAGAGAUUUGACAAGUAUUUAAAACCAAUCAUUGUGAUUGAAUUUGGAAAAUUAGAGAAAUUAUUAGGAAAAUUAAUUUAUAAUUUUAAAUUAUAUUUUAAAAUUGGAACCAAUGCGAAAUUGACCAUUGCUCGAUUACUUGCUAAAAUUAGAAAUAAUAAUCCAAGAAAUUUCUACAUGAUACUCUCAAUAUAUUUGAGAAUGAGAAAUUGGAUGCAUAUUCCAAAAUCAUUUAUUAAUCAAAUAUUUUGGACUGUCACUUCUAUAUAUUUUAAUAUUUUAUUAUUUUGUAUUUAUUUAAUUGAAAAAAUUGUAUCACCAAGAUUACUCUAUUUAUUAACAAUGACUAAUGACAAGUUAAUUGAAAUAUUAGAUCGAGUAUUAAGUUUUGUUGAAUCUUAUUAUCAUAUUGUGAUUGAAAAUGAUCGAAUGGUAGGAGUGAAGAGACAUUCGACAUUGAGUUCCACACAGUCUAUGAAAACAUCAAUCAGUCCUUUACAAGGAACUGAAAAUUAA